AUGUUGAAGGCAUCCGGGAUAGACCAAGAGCAACCAGCACCUACUAUAGCAAAGUACUCGAUAUCCUCGCUCGCUAGCAGUAUCUACUACAAUUGCGAAAAGCACAUUUACUUGCUAUCUAAAUCAGCCAGAGAACUCAACGACAGCAGCAGUAAUGGAAGCGACACUGCCAAAAACGACUCCGUCAAAGAAGCGCACUGUGAUAGAGGUAACGAGUUUGAAGAAGAGCUGUUUAGACGCCAUCGACUCCUCAUGGUGGAUCACAGCAAAACACAAGAUUUCAAGCAGGCGCUUAGAAAAGCAGAGCCAGGCAAAUACCUUUACCAGCUGAAAUGCUCAUUACCCGAGUCCUUUUACCAAGACAUCAUCCACAAUACCACCUCUUACCGCAUCAACAAUUUCAUACCUGAUUUUCUGUAUAUUCGGCUUGAUCCCGUCACCAAUAUGCGCAAGAUCUUUAUCAUUGAUGCCAAAGCGUCCAAAAAGAUGUCUAAUUCGCACCAAUUUCAAGUCUCCUCGUACGCGUUCUUUCUUUCGUACUUGAUUACAGACAUACACAACUUGGAGGUGGACGAUAUGGGCGGCGUUUGGCUUCCCUCCAAUAUGGAUGCCCCCGAGCAGUUUCGCAUUGAUUUCGUGCUCAACAAGAUCAAGUACAUGUACAUGGACACGCUUGUCAAGAUAUCCAUGGAUCCUAAUCCGCAGUGGGUGCUUGGCAGCAAGUGUAUCUCUUGCCCCUUCUUGAAGCGAUGCAAAUCAGAUGCAGCGGGCACUGUCAGAUCCAUUCCCUACAUGAAUGAAGAAAAGGCAAAGCAGCUCAAGAACAACAGCAUGGUCAACAUUGAAGAUCUCUCCGAGCGACUCGACACGCUCAAGAUUGAUGAUACCGCUCGAGAGCAGCAGCAAAGAGCAUUGACAGGCUACGAAGACUAUGUCAGCGCCUACAACGACCAUCAGCCUCGAUUCAUGGGGUACGCCUCUGUUUACACUGCUCAAGCCAUCGACCAUGCCAUCUACAUCUACCUUCAGAUGGACACCUAUUCCCAGCGUCCAUUUGUGUAUGGCAUACAAGUGAUGGAUGCGCAAAACACUCGGACAGUGUUUGAGUACUACUUUACUGCCGACUACCAAGAGCAUUUGCAGGACGAGUUGGUUGUGUACACCAAAUUUGCAGAGAAAUUUGUCACUGAUCUGACUCGUGUGCUGCAGUACAUGGACCAGCAAACUUCCAGGUGCUUGUUUUAUGUGUAUGAUGGCCAAGAAAAGAAGCAAAUCCAGCGGUUUCUGUACAAUGUGGUGAUACACGGAAAUGAGGAUCUUGUGAACCUUCAAGAAGACGACAAGAAAAAGGUCAUCUCAGAAGCCAUGCAGUGCUUGGUUGUUCUGUUCCAAGACACUCAGCUGCUGGGCCUACCUGGCAUUGUGCACUUUCCUGAUAUGGAUGACUUACCAAAGACAAGCGCUGUAGGCCGAUUUACCAGUAUUGAACAGUUGCUGCAACAAAACAUUGCCCUGGGUGUUUCAGGCUAUUAUGGUCUCUCUGAUGCUGUGGAAUGGAUGACAAGCCAUGUUCAUGAAAAGGAAGAUGAGUUAGUGGAAGCCAUGAACGGGCUCGAUCUCAACGAAAUCUAUACACACUGGAAGACGCCGGGAAACGACAUUGCUUCUGCAACUGAGCUUUUGGUUUCAAAGCGUUUCACAUGGCUGCAGGAGAUCAUGUCGACUUAUUGGCGUUUGGCAACCGAGUACAUGCAAGCGACAGGCACCGACUUGUUUCCUCUCAAAUGCAAGCCGUUCAAGUGGCCUACACUCAAGAAAUUCAACAACCAAAUACUGGCCAAGCUGGUCUUCUUUAAGCAACUGGAGUGUAUCAAAUCGUGCGAUGAGGUGCGCAUGGAUCGCAUCCGAGACUUGUCCAAGCUGGAGCACCACAUUAGCGUCAAUGAAGCCACGCUAGGAGGCCUGAUAUUGGAGUACGAAUACGGCGUAGGCUCAGACUUUGACUAUGAUCAUACCUUCUCUGUGAGUCCAGCGCUGAACGGACCCCAUGUACAGCAAAAGAUGGACAGUUUGAAGAUGGACAAGUUCAAGCAGUAUAUCCUGGUGCCUGACGACAGAGACGGCAUUAUAGAGACGAUUGUGUACCCUGAUUUGCAGUACAAGACAGCAGGCACCUUUCAAAAGAAGUUUAUCCGCUGCGUCGAUAUCAAGGCAGUGCGUCUCAACCAUAUUGUCGUCAGUUCCUACAACUUGAAGAAGAGCUUCCGUCGAUGGAGACUGUACAAGCGAUACACCGACUUUACUGUGGAUCGAUGCACUGAAACGCUCAGGAACCUGGAUAAAGACCAAGACGAGGAGGGGCUGACUGAUGUCAUGGAACUUGUGCAAAAUCCCAAUGCAUGGUCCAUGAAGAAUCCUACUAGCAACGAUUACAUUGACAUACGCAACAAUUCGCGAGCACAGCAGCUACUGGAUGAAUUUGCCAUGUCUUCAUCGCAAAAGCACAUUUCUACCAGCAUCUUUGAACGACGACUACAGAUCAUAUGGGGCCCGCCUGGAUCUGGAAAGACAGAAUUCUUGGCUUUGUUUAUCAACUGGUACAUCAAAUGCUUCAAUGAUCAGCAUGCAAACAAAAGCAAAGAAUUAAUGAUUGGAGUUACUGCGUUCACACGUGAUGCUAUCGUAAAUUUGCUGAAACGUAUUGAAAAGGUGCAACAGCAGCACGGGUUGAGCGAUUUGUUUUCCAUCAUGUACGUGAACAAGGACGGCGGCGAGGCACUGGAGGGCAGCAACAUCAUGUGCGUCGAGUGGAAAGACUCGAUCAAGACCAUCAACAAGCUCAAAAAGGCGACGUCCAUCAAGAUUUACGUCGUAGGUGCUACCGUAUGGGGAUGGGACCGCAUCAGAAGCAAUUGGAAACGCUUCAAGCAAAAGGGAUGUGAUAUCAUGAUUCUCGAUGAGAGCACCCAGCUGCUGGUCUCGGAUGCCAUUUUAGCAAUAGCCUGUCUUUCUAAACCGAAUGGCAAGCUUAUCAUCGCAGGAGAUCAUAUGCAACUGGGACCUAUUAUUAAAAAUAGCUACUCGGAUAUCCCAUCCUCUAUAGAUGACCCGCUGCUGUAUGGUUCUAUUCAGCAGUGCUUGAUGCGCACUCACGAAAAUCAUGCAAUCCCCGCCCGGGAGUUCCUCUUGAAGAAAGGUGCAUUGCAUGACUUUGGACCAAAUACACUUCAACUCAAAGAUAACUGGCGCAUGAACAACGAACUCAAUAGCUUCUUUCAACAAAUCUACGGCCCUGAUUACACGUCGAGAUUCCCAGAGACCAAGCUACAGCUUGAUUGGACUAGACCUCAACAGCAUCAUCAUGCAAGUAUCAUUCAGGCUAUAUUAGACCCACUGAAAUCGAUAUCACUCGUCAAGCUACAGCAGCCACCUGUUGCCACCAAUGCAGUUGAGAAUGAAGCCAACAUUGUCCAGCAACUGGUGUCUGCUUACUUGGACUCCAAUAUCAGACCCAAGCCUAGUGUCAUGAUCGUUACGCCGCAUCAUCAGCAGCGCAUUGCCAUCAAGAGAAAACUUGACAUGUUGUCGAGUUCAGCGAUUCCAGUGGACACUGUAGAGAAGAUGCAAGGGCAGGAAUGUGAAUUAAUCAUUGCCUGUUUCUCGUGCACGAAUAACAAGAGAUCAAGCAGCAAUGAGUUUCUACGCGACUUUAGACGAUGGAAUGUAGCGCUAUCACGAGCAAGGACCAAAGUCAUUGUAUUGACAGUGGAAGAACUAUUGAAUCCGAAUCCUACACAAGGCAUUCUAGAGUCGUUCCAUCAGCCGUUUGAGCCGACAGAUGGAUACGCUUUACUGUGCUUGCUGCAGGCUUGGGCUCAAAAGAAAGACUCUGUUUGGAAAAUCUGA